CACGCAGCGCCCACGCUUCCACAGUAUGGCCGGCGACAUUAGCUAGCGCUCGCUCUGCUCUCUGUAACGGGGAAACAGCGAACUACAAGAGACUGAACUGUAUCUGCCUCUAUUUCCAACAGACUCACGUUCAACUUUCGCUCACAAAAAGAAAAGCCGGGAGAAUUUUAUUAAUCCUUUUUUUAAAAAAAGUUAAUAUAAAAUUAUAGCAAAAAAAAAAAAGGAACCUGAACUUUAGUAACACAGCUGGAACAAUCCGCAGCAGCGGCAGCGGCGGGAGAAGAGAUUUAAUUUAGUUGAUUUUCUGUGGUUGUUGGUUGUUCGCUAGUCUCACGGUGAUGGAAGCUGCACAUUUUUUCGAAGGGACGGAGAAGCUGCUGGAGGUUUGGUUCUCCAGGCAGCAACCCGACGCAAACCAAGGAUCUGGGGAUCUUCGCACCAUCCCAAGAUCCGAGUGGGAUAUACUUUUGAAGGAUGUGCAAUGUUCAAUCAUAAGUGUGACAAAAACUGACAAGCAGGAAGCUUAUGUACUCAGUGAGAGUAGCAUGUUUGUCUCCAAGAGACGUUUCAUUUUGAAGACAUGUGGUACCACCCUCUUGCUGAAAGCACUGGUUCCCCUGUUGAAACUUGCUAGGGAUUACAGUGGGUUUGACUCAAUUCAAAGCUUCUUUUAUUCUCGUAAGAAUUUCAUGAAGCCUUCUCACCAAGGGUACCCACACCGGAAUUUCCAGGAAGAAAUAGAGUUUCUUAAUGCAAUUUUCCCAAAUGGAGCAGCAUAUUGUAUGGGACGUAUGAAUUCUGACUGUUGGUACUUAUAUACUUUGGAUUUCCCAGAGAGUAGAGUAAUCAGUCAGCCAGAUCAAACCCUGGAAAUUCUGAUGAGUGAGCUUGACCCAGCAGUUAUGGACCAGUUCUACAUGAAAGAUGGUGUUACUGCAAAGGAUGUCACUCGUGAGAGUGGAAUUCGUGACCUGAUACCAGGUUCUGUCAUUGAUGCCACAAUGUUCAAUCCUUGUGGGUAUUCGAUGAAUGGCAUGAAAUCGGAUGGAACUUAUUGGACUAUUCACAUCACUCCAGAACCAGAAUUUUCUUAUGUUAGCUUUGAAACAAACUUAAGUCAGACCUCCUAUGAUGACUUGAUCAGGAAAGUUGUGGAAGUCUUCAAGCCAGGAAAAUUUGUGACCACCUUGUUUGUAAAUCAGAGUUCUAAAUGUCGCACAGUGCUUUCUUCACCCCAGAAGAUUGAAGGUUUUAAACGUCUUGAUUGCCAGAGUGCUAUGUUCAAUGAUUACAACUUUGUUUUUACCAGUUUUGCUAAGAAGCAGCAACAACAGCAGAGUUGAUUAAGAAAAAUGAAGAAAAAACGCAAAAAGAGAACACACAUAGAAGAAGGUGGUGGCUGCUUUUUAGAUAUUGAUACCAGGGGCCAUGUUUUCCAUAACCACCACCUUGUAGUUGCAGAAAGCCCUAGAUGUAUUGAUAGUGUAAUCAUUUUGAAUUGUAUGCAUUAUUAUAUCAAGGAGUUAGAUAUUUUGCAUGAAUGCUGUCUUCUGUGUUUAGGUAUUCUAUGCCACUCUUGCUGUGAAAUUGAAAUGCAUGUAGAAAAAAACUUUUACUAUAUGAAACUUUACAACCCUUGUGACAAUUCAAUUUGGUUUAUGCACAGUGUAAUAUUUCUCCAGGUAUCACCCAAAAUUCCCCACAGACAAGGCUUUCGUCCUCCUUAGGUGUUGGCCUCAGCCUAACCAUUGGGACUGUUCUAUUAUUAAAUUGCUGCCAGGAUAUUACAUCCAGUUACCUCCAAUUUUUUUAAUGUAUUCUCUACUAAUGUUAUUGAAACCAAUUUCUACUUCAUACAGAUGUUUUUUGCAACAGCAAUUAAAAGUUUUUCUUCCAUGAGUCAAGUCCUCUUAAAGAUUGUAGUUAUCUGUUUUAUGUAUUACUGUUUUAACGUUGCUUCCUGUACUUAUAUUCCUUUGUUUCGUUCCUCACCUUGGUGUCUCCCCUCCCAGCCCCCUACCCCCAAUAAAGCAAUACACUGUUACACUGUGGGUUUAUACUAAUCUUAUACCCCAGAGAUGGGAGAAGGGUGGACCCUAGUCUUAAUUUUAAGGUCAAGGGAGUUUGGCUUUUUUAUUGACAUUGGCUCUUGGAAGAUAUUGACAAAAAUAAACAUCUAGUGUUGAUUAGCAAGGAAUACACAGAUUCAUAUUAGGAUAUACUGGCAGAAUUGUAUGGGAACUGUAUGCCAUUAUGUGCUCCUCAGUAAAUAAAAUUAGCUUCUCACAAGUACCUUGUCUUUACUAACUUGCUAAGUAGUAGUAUAAAAUUGUUACCACUAACUUUAUUAGCAAGAAGAUUGCAGGUAAAGGUUGUAGUAGUCAAUAAGUCAGCUUAGAUCAUUCACAUUAAUUUUUACUUUAGCAGCCAUUUCCACUAAUUUCCAUUAAUAUACCAUAAACUUUAGUUCAAAGUGGAAUUAGUGUCUUCGCCAUCUUGUGAUAGUGUUCUGACUUUAUCUGUUUCUCUUAGUGGUGGUGUUUCUUUCACCUUGGUUUCGCAGGAUCAAGUGAAUGACUGUCCAGAAUGAGAACUGUUCAGGUUAUUCAGACACACAGUGAAACCGAAUGCUAUCCAUAAAACAUAACAUACAAAACUCCAAAAUGGUCAAUGGGAAAUGCAGGCUUUCAAGAGUUGGCAUCUUUUAGCUAUAUUUGCAAAUACUGUGAGAUUUAAACAGCCUAGAAAACAGCAAAGUUGACUAAAUUUUGUAUUCUUGUCCUCAAAAUAUUUUUGAUUCUUUCUGGAUUGAUGCAGUGAUGUUUUCGUUCCUUCCGUAUUUAUAAACGAAACACUUUUUUUUAAAUGUGUUUCUAAACAAAAUCUACUUGGUUUGGAAUCAAGUGGUUGGAACACUUUUGACUUUUUAUUUUAAGCAUGUACUUGAUUCAAAGUUUCAUUGAAGAAGCUUUCAAUCAGUGGAUCAGUUUGAUUCUGUAAUUAGCACACAGUACCUAAUUUUCGGUGCUGUUUUGAGGACCAAUGCUCAAAGUGGUUUUCGUUCUUGAACAGUGUCCCAGCAGAUUUGAUGACAUUUGUUGGCUUGAGGUCUGAUUUUUUUUUUUCCUAAUAGAUUUAAGAUUUCUAUCUAAUGUUGAAAAAUGGCAAAAAUUUGUAUGAAACAAAGCCUAGGAAAUGUAGAUUGAAUAGUAAUUUAAAUUAAUCCUAGUGUGUAUUAUAGAGGAGGGAAAAUUUUGGUGCCAUAAUUUCUCUCUUCGUGGUGUUGGACUUCAAUCGGUUGAAAUGUAUUUCUGUACAACUUAAGCUUCAAUAAAAGUUCCUUAAUUGAUUGUCUAGUGA